AUGGGUAGCAGCUGCUGUAGUGGUAAAAGUACAGCCAUUACUCCUACUACGAAAGAUUUUGACGGAGUACCCAAAUCACCCGAGAUUCCACCAAAGGCACCACGGGAACCAACACCCGAUCCAUCAUCGAGCGAAAGUGAAGAUGAGGAAAAACACGAAGCGCCAGAACCGCCAUCGAAGAAGCAACGUCCUCCAGCUCGAUAUAAUAAAAUCGGCAUCAGCACAGAAGAUCCUUCGUUACUCAUCAAAGGUUACGAAAAAAAACCUCUCUGCUCACUUGAGGAGGCUCUUGAACGGUUCGAGGAACAUAUUCCCAAUCUCGAUGGGCAAAUUCAAGAAGCGAAGUCCAAUUGUCAUUUUCCAUCACAACAUGGUCUUACUCAUGAUGAAGCCGCUGCUCUCUACUUAUAUCUGGUCGUUGGAAGUGACGACAGUGUCCGUAGUUACCUACAGAGAGCAUGGGAUUCCAACGAGCGAAAACAGAUGAAACCCUGGUUUAAAUAUUUGAGAUUACUGAAGAAUGGCUUGGAUAAAUUACCCGAUGUGCGUGUGGAAAUCUGGCAAGGUAUGCCCUACGAUAAAGACGUAAUGGGAAAGUUAGAAGAAGAUUCAUUGGAUUUGUUUACGUGUAUGGGUUUGGCGACACCAUCGAAAAGUCAAGUGCUAACUGAUCUGGAUGAUGGAUCCGAUGGGGAAAAAAUACUUGUGGGAUACUCAUCUGUAAGUGGCAAGGACGUUUCAAAUUAUUCCCCGAAGAAGGGAACAGAUUCUACUCAACCGGCAAAGGAUGUCUUAAUGUGGCCUGGGUGCAAAGUAAAUAAAAGUCAAGAAACAGUCUCUGAUGGAAAUGGUUGCGUGUUUGUACAUCUCAAACAGAAGAACAACGCUCCUCGAGAACCUAUGCCGCCACCCACACCCACUCCACAACCAAACGAAACGCCUAAACAGAAGUCGGCGCCGCCACCCACACCCACUCCACAACCAAACGAAACGCCUAAACAGAAGUCGGCGCCGCCACCCAAACAUUUCCAAUGUCCAAUUCCAGACGAUCCCUAUGCCUACUUCACAAUGUACCAGCGAACUCGAUGUCAGAAUCGUUGCAAUGGCAAUCAUGCUGGUAAUCACUGCCAUGGUUUUGAACGUGUUUUUCAUAACUGCGCACAUCAUUGCGAGCCUGUCGAAUUCAGAUGCUCUCGCUGUUCGAAACAUACUAGAAAAUUGUACGAAUGUAAAGCAUGUCGCAAACGUUUUUGUCACCGCUGUUGUUUUCAAUAA